GUGUUUGGAUCGGAAAUGGAGACGAGAAUGAAGAAAUAUAGACAAAUGAGUCCAGAGAGAGCUAAAGUUUGGACUGAGAAAUCUCCCAAGUACCAUCAGCAUAACCGGAAAGUUCCGGUUGUUUAUUAUCUCUGUAGAAAUCGCCAGCUCGAGCAUCCUCAUUUCAUUGAAGUUCCUCUCUCUUCUCCUGACGGACUGUAUUUGAGAGAUGUGAUUGAGAAGCUUAAUAAUCUUAGAGGCAGAGGAAUGGCAUCUUUGCUUUCUUGGUCUUGCAAGAGAAGCUAUAGGAAUGGAUUUGUAUGGCAUGACCUUUCUGAAGAUGAUUUAAUACUUCCUGCACAUGGAACUGAAUACGUUCUCAAGGGCUCCGAACUAUUUGAAGAAUCUAACUCAGAUCGCAUUAGUCCAGUUGGGAAUAGCAGUAGAUUGCAAAAUCUGAAGCAAUUACCUGAACCACCAUCUUCUUCUAGAAGCCAAGAUGAUUCUUCAUCCUCUUCCAGUAUGAAUGGGAAGAUAACAAAAAAUUCUCAGGAUGAUGAACUCUCAUCUCCGGUUAACCGUCCAACUCAUGGCUCUGCUGGCGCAUCACCGGAGUCUAGAUAUGGAAAGAAUUCUUCCUUGGGUUGUUCACUUAGUUUGACUGAGUAUAAGGUUUGUAAAAGUGAUGGACUAGCGGAUGCUUCGACACAGACCGAGGAAAACACAGACAGACCUAAGACAAGGGUAACUUGUACAAGGGGUGUUUCAACUGAUGUUGGGUCGUUAGAACCCGGAGGCAAUGAGAAUUUCCAGAACCAUGUCCCUAACCCUCGUGUGAAAGAUAAUUCAGAGAUAUGCAGGAAUUCAGUUUCUCCACCGUCCACAUCUAGUGCAUCAUCUACCGGGGGAAAAACUGAAACAUUGGAAUCUCUAAUCCGAGCAGAUGCAAGUAAAAUCAGUAGUUUUAGGAUCCUUGAAGAGGAAGAAUUCCGAAUGCCAAGCAAUGCUAGGCUCAAGGGUACAAGUAUGUUGAUGCAGUUGAUCUCGUGUGGGUCAUUAUCCGUGAAAAACCAUAGUUUUGGAUUUGUUCCAACCUACAGGCCUAGGUUUUCUCAUUCAAAAUUUUCAUCACCAUUGUUCUCUACUUCAAUCAUGUUGGGAGAGCUUGACUGCUUAUCAGAGAAUCCAAGGUUGAUGGGCCUGAGAUUGGAAGAUAAAGAAUAUUUCAGUGGUAGUUUGGUUGAGACAAAAAUGCUCAAGCAAGAAAGACAUACCACUCUGAAACGAUCUUCUUCUUAUAGUGAUGAUCGGACAUGUAAGGAGCUGGAAUCAGCUGAAGACAAAGAAGAGACAAAUUCAGGACACACAAAAUGCAUCCCCUGCUCUAUCAAAGCUUCACUAAGCAAGCAACCAAGGAGCGAGUCGAUGAGAUCUCCUAUUUCUGAUAAACCAAGAAACUCCUCUGACGGGAUCGACAACCCGCGCUCUGUAUCGAGUAACACAUCUGCUGUUAGCAGUAGAAGAAUGACUGAGCCUGUUGUUAAUCACAAGCAAUCAAAUAGGUUGGAUUCAUUCAGAGAAGAGCAGCAGGUGAUAAAAAUUGAAGAAAGGCUUGCUUCAGGCGCUCGGGUUAUAAUCCAAUCCAAGGCGCCUUGUGAUACCGUUGUUGGUUGCUCAUAGGGGAGCAGCAUGUUAAAGGUA